UGGGCGUGUAGUGCGUGCCUUUGGCGGUGCACGCUGUGUUCGUCCGGCGUUUUUUCAUGGUUUGGGGACGGGCACCGCUAGAGAAAUUGCAUAUUGGAAUGGGAUUUGGAGUCAUCAUAAUGGAAGCAAGCUACAUGAAGGAAAAACAGUUAUUUUUAUACCAGCAUAUUGCACCUGACUGCUAGUUGCAAAUGGUUUUCUUUACCUAAGAAAAUUUGUGAUGUAAAUGAAAAGAGUUUUUUUUCCUAGACUGAUUGUUUAUAAUAUGCUUCGCCUAAGAGCUAUUUGUCCAUUCUCCUGGAGAGUGUUUCAGUUUCGACCCUUUAGUUUCGAACCAUUACUUAAUCAGAUGAAUAAGUGUACAGAUGAAGAGCAAAUAUUUGAUCUUAUUGAAAAAAACAAAGACAUACUUUCAGAAAAGCAAGUGGCAUGUGCACUCAGUAUGCUUUGGCAGUUUCAAAAGCAGAAGAGCAGCUUGUUAAAAAAUGUGGAAUGUAUUAGAGACCAUCCCCAAUUUCUUACUCUUCAUAAUUUAACUACAACUAAAAUGGAAUUCAUGAAUGACAGUACCUUGGUGAAUGUGUUGUACAUCAUACAACAGUUUGGUUUUGAGGCCCAUGACCCGCUAGUUGAAGCACUAGUUACAGAAGCAUGGAGAAGACUGGAAAGGUUUGAUAUUAAUGUGCUGUCAAAAUUUUCCUCUUGCCUGGCAGAUCAACAUUUAUGUUUUAGUCCAUUAAUGGGAAAAAUAGCUGAUAUUGUAAAUAGGAACUUGGAAACCAUACAGGACUUAAGGUGCUUGUCUGUUUUAAUGGUCAGCAUAUCUUCUUUAAUAUCACAGCGUUUUCAAGAGCAAUUAGUGAACAAAACAGAGCAACUUUUUGACACCAUAGAUUCUUCCCAGGUCAACAUUGCAAGAAGAAUAGUACAGUUUCUUCGAAAUAUUAAAUAUGGUUAUUACCCACUAUUGGAAAGGUGCAAUAAAGUGUUUUUGAGCAAUGUGAACCACCUUGAUUUGGACUCCAUCAGUAAAAUACUUAGUCUAUACCACUCUCUACAGUUUCAUAGUUUUGAAUUUAUUUUAAUGACCAAGAAGAGGCUAACAGAAAUGAUUCCUCUGUUUGACUACCCUGCUAGCUUUGUAAAAUUGUUUGUAACAUUGGGACCUGUGGCAGGACCUGAAGAAGAGAAACGACUUAAGUCAACUAUAUUAUUGAUGUCAGAGGAGUUGACUAGCCAUCAAGCCCUGGCAGUGAUGGGAGCAAUGGAAGAGAUGGAAAGCAGAAAUUCACGUCUGAUUAAAAAAAUUGCUUCAAUUCUGCAUAAACAUUUGGAUAACUAUAAACCAGUAGAGUUAUUGAGGAUAACUCAAGCAUCGAUUUUGCUACAUUUUCAAAGUAAAGAGCUUUUUGUGAAACUCAGAGAAUUGCUGCUUAGUUAUUUGAAAGUCAGUGUCAUACCUAGUGAGAUUUCCCUCCUGGUUUGUGCUCUUUCGAUGCUUCCUUCUCCUCACUUAGACGAAGCGAGGAUAUCUCAAAUUGAAGCAGUUUUACCACAGUGUGACCUAAAUGACCUGAAUAGUUUUGCCACAUCUGUUUUAAGAUGUAUUCAGUAUGAUCACAUGUAUCGGAAUAAUAUUCCUGGGAAACAGUUGAAACUACUUCAAAAAUUAGAUCACUACGGUCGUCAGAGACUACAAAAAUGCAGCAGUUUGAAUCUGUUAUGGGAAGAAGUUAAAUCUUUAAAAGGAGACUGGUUUGCUGAUUCACUUCUUGAAGAAACUGUUGUUACCUUACAGCGUUUGAUGGAUGAAAUUAAUUACAUAAAUGUUGCAGGGAUUGCAUCUUUUAUUUCUAGAACUAACUACCUCAGUACUUCGCUACUUGAUAGGAUAGCCUCAGUGGUCCUUCAGCAGAUUGAAAAGAUUCAUCCUUUUGCAAUCCUUGCUAUUAUUCUUCCGUUCAGCGCCCUGAACUAUGAUCCACCUCAAAGGGAUGAAUUUUUCGGAACUUGCCUUCAACGCCUUAAUUCUUACUUAAGUAUAUUGGAUCCUCUUAUGUUAGUGUUUCUUGGUUACUCUUUGGCCACACGUGAAUAUUUUUCAGAAGAUCUACUGAAGGCAAUUUUUAACAUAAGAUUCUUAGCCAAAUUAGAUUCUCAACUUGAACUUUUAUGUUCAUCUCUAAAUAUGAAGGUCCAAUUUCGUCUUAUGGAAUUAAAUAGAGCAGUCUGCUUGGAAUGUCCUGAAUAUCAGAUUCCAUGGUUUCAUGACCGCUUCUGUCAACAGCAGUAUAAAAAAGAUUUUGGCAGUAUGAAUGGAGCACAACAGCAGAUUUAUAAAAUGUUAGCAGAGGUACUAGGAGGAAUCAGUUUUGUAAAAGCCUCUGUUCUUACACCUUAUUACUACACAAUAGAUUUUGAGUGUAUCUUGGAUAAAAGGAAAAAACCUCUUCCGUAUGGAAGCCAUAAUACAACUUUGGGAAAACUACCAAAAAUACACUCGGAAUUAAAUACUCAAAUAGCUGGAUCAAGACUGCCACCAGGAGCUGAAAAGAUUGCUUUGGAAUUUUUGGAUUCGAGAGCAUUUUGUAGAAACAUCCCUCAUUUAAAAGGAAAAUCUGCUAUGAAAAAACGACACUUGGAAAUUUUGGGCUAUCAUGUAAUUCAGAUCCCUCAUUUUGAAUGGAACUCUAUGGCACUAUCAACAAAGAAUGCUCGAAUGGACUACCUGAGAGAACGGAUAUUUGGAGAAGGCAAAUCAUCAUCAUAGUUUUUUUUGAAAAUUAGUUAUCAUGGUGUGUCAUAUUUGGACUUAUUUUAAUUAAGUGGCUUGAUUCAAUUAAAAAAUAAUGUAGAAUUGAUUUCUAGGUCAAUUAAUACCUAUUAAAAUAAACACAUUUUACAAUGGACUACUUUCUCUACUAUCUAGUUGGGAAAUUGUUUAAAAUUCUUAAUGUAAAAGACAUGUAGCUUUUAAGAAACUUAAGUAGUUUACAGUUCAUUCUUUGAGUGCAUACUAUGUGGCAGGAACUAUAUUAUUUUAUUUUGUUAUUUUUAAAUUUAUUUAAAUUUAAAUGAGACCCAUUUAUUAUACUCCUUAAAUAGCAUUUCCUAAGUUUUCUUACAGCAUAUAAUCUUUAAUAUAAUGCACAGGAUUCUUGUUAUAUCUUGAAGCAUGAGGAAAGGUUUUUGCUAUUUUAAACAUGUUUAGAAAAUGCAGAUGUACAUAUUUCAUUCUCCAAUUUCAUUUGUAAUAGAAAACAAGUGUAAAGGUACCUUAACAAUGCAAAUGAAAGGAUUAGUAAACUCAGAUUUAGGAAGCUUCUUUACAGUUGAUUGAGACAGAUUAACAAAAGGAAUAAUCUGUUCAAUUUAAGAUUUAAUUUCUUAGAAAAUGGUUUUAAGCUCUGAUCAUUACAUUGAAGAUUCAAUAACUUUGAGGUUUUGAUUCUCAUUGCUAAUCUCCUGGACAAUAACAUAGUGAAUCAUUUCUACAUGAAUCUCUGUAUAGCCUUUUUAAAAACAAUAAAUUAAAGCCCUGUUAUCCAAACAGA